UCGGCGCCUUUUCGAAAUCCCAGCCCACUGAACCUAUUCAACGAAAAUCCACAGAGAGGCGCAACGCAUUGGCGCAAGUUUUUGUUUUUGUUCGGUGAAGAAAGGCUUCCAAAGUUCACAAACUACCAAGAAGUUGGGCGGACAGUUUGAGGUGGCGUGCGUGCUUUGGAAAGAGAGAGGGCCGGGUUUCUGGCCUCUGGCCGAGAGAAGGUGGGAUUUUGGUUGUAAUAAACGCAGGUUGGACGACCGAUUCACCCCCUUUCUCCCCUCCACUCUCCCUCGCAACCUGUCGCAUCCGUCCGAAGGACACGCCAACCUGCACAAGGGAGCCAAAACAGUGAAGAUGGAGCUGGUCAGAAGGGAUUGAGAAAGGAACGAGAUUCUGCUCGGGACAGGAGAAAUAAAGAGAGAAGCCUGCCAGCAAACCGAACACCCCACCACAAAUCCCUGGAUUUAUACAAUGGGAAGCAGGCGCUUAGAGUUCCUCUGAGCUGACCCGGAUUGCCCCAGCGAGAAAUUAGAGGGCAUCUUUCCCGGUCUGGACGAGACUCAGGGUCCCUCUCUGCUGCCUGCAAUGAGUGAUGGUUAAUGGGGCCUCCUGAGCUCAACUGUCGCUGAUGCUUAACCUCGAUGGUCAGAAUGGAUCAGGAGAGUGAAGUUGACUUGUCCAAUCUCGCCAUAACCCCGCUCUGGCGGAGGAGAAGGUCAACUCCCAAGUCGCCCGUCACCGGCUCUUUUAAUCAUCGGACUAAGACGAGGCCUUCUUCCUUGCAAGCCGAUGGCGUCACAGUGACGGACUUCCCGCUCCACGGUGGUGUGCCCACUGUCCACACCAGUAAUGGGAAUAUGGUAACAUCUCCCAAUGGCCAGCCCUUGCCGCAGAUGCAGACCUCCACCCACUCACUUCCUGUGCCCGAAAAGAACCGCCCCAUCCUGAGCACUAACAGUGCCGUCUCGUUGAAGAAUGGCACCCAGCAGAUCAUCCCCAAAGACCUGGCGUCGGGAGUCAAAGUCAAGAACCACAGCCUGAAUGGCCACAGCCGGCAGUUCAGUGCCAGAAACCGGAGAGUGCAGAGUAUGCUGGAGACACCCAGUGCUCCUCUGGUGCCCAAACUGGACUUGGACGGAGACACUGACCCCGAGCCGGACAGUCCUGGACAGCUGUGUCGUGGCCUGAGGUCCACCUCAUACAGAAGGGCAGUGGUUAGUGGCAUUCAUUUCGACAGCGCAUUGAACAUGAAGGCGAACAACCAGAGGUCCCAACUCAGCCUCAAGACCGUGGUCGAGGACAAGGAGAAAUUCUCCUCAUGGGGCAAAGUGAAGGAACAAGAAAAGAAGCAACUGACGAUCCAGGGCCCAUUCGACGGAAAAGAAAAUGCGGUUCUAUAUCAGAACUAUAAGGAGAAGGCACUGACUCUGAAUAACGGGGACUCGGAUGAAGAUUCAGAUCAAAAUGUCCAGUCAGAGGAAAAGAUUGUUGUGCAGUUUAAGCCAAUUCGCUCUUCCUGGAGCCAACUCUCUGUGGUGAGGAAGAGUGGGAUUUUACAGACCGUCAGCCAAGAAGAGAGGAAACGACAGGAGGCUAUUUUUGAAGUGAUAUCAUCGGAGCACUCCUACAUGCUGAGCCUGGAGAUCCUGAUCCGGAUGUUUAAGAAUUCAGAAGCGCUGAACUUAACCAUGACCAAGACCGAGAGGCACCACCUGUUUUCCAACAUCGUCGACGUGCACAAGUCCAGCAGCAAGUUCUUCAAGGAGCUUGAGGCCAGGCACCAGCAGGAUGCGGUGAUUUCUGACAUCAGUGAUAUCGUGGAGAAGCACGCUGUUUGCACCUUCGAACCCUAUGUGACAUACUGCUCAAACGAAGUCUAUCAGCAGCGGACACUGCAGAAGCUCCUAAAUACAAAUCCUAACUUCAAAGAGAUCCUGAUGAAGAUUGAAGCCCAGCCCGAGUGCCGGAACCUGCCCAUGAUCUCCUUCCUCAUUCUCCCAAUGCAACGGGUCACUCGGUUACCUCUCCUGAUGGAUACCAUUUGCCAGAAAACUCCAAAGGACUCGCCUGAAUAUGAAUGUGCCAAGAAAGCAUUGCAGUCCGUUAGCAAGCUGGUGCGACAGUGCAAUGAAGGAGCACGGCGGAUGGAGCGGACAGAGAUGAUGUACACCAUUAACACUCAACUGGAUUUCAGAAUCAAGCCAUUCCCCCUGGUCUCUUCAUCCCGCUGGCUGUGUAAGAGGGGCGAGCUGAUUGGCUUUGUCGAGGACACGGGAAUCUUUUCCAAACGCACAUCCAGGCAGCAAGUCUACUUCUUCCUGUUCAAUGACGUCCUGAUUGUGACCAAGAAGAAAAGUGAGGAGAGCUACGUUGUGACUGACUAUGCCAUGAGGAGUCAACUGCAGGUGGAACCCUGUGAAGCGGACGAACUGAAUCUGUCGCCCAUGAAGACAGCAUCCGGCAUGCUGUAUUCCCGGCAGUGCUCCGUCAGCUACCUCUUCCGGCUCACCAUGCUCGGCAACCACGCCGGCGACAAGGUGGUGAUGGUGUUCGGGGCGGAUUCGCCGAGUGAUCGCGCUCGCUGGCUGACGGCCCUGGGGCAGAGCGGCGCCGAGAGGCAACACCCAGACAGGACAACUCUGACGCAGGUGGAGAUCACCAGAACCUACCCAGCCAAGCAGCCUGACGAGCUGUCCCUCCAGGUGGCCGAUGUGGUGUUACUGUACCAGAGUCUGGAGGACGGCUGGUGCGAAGGGGAGCGACUGCGAGACAGUGAGAUCGGUUGGUUUCCUAUGGAGUGUGCCAAGGUCAUCACAUGUCAGGCCACCAUCAGCAAGAACAUGCAGCGUAUGGGACGGCUGCUGGGACUGGAAACACACGUCUAGACAGUGGGAGAGCCAGAGCGAGCGGGCCUGGGCUGGAGCAGAGGUUGGGCAUCCUACUGUCAGCGAGGAGAAACACCUCUCCCCCACCCACCCACCGCCUUGUAUGGGGUCUGCCACAGACCUCUUGGGCAUUAAGCCACCCGCUGGAACGCUUGGCAGCAACACCGCUGAAUGAACGGUUGAGAAAGGGUGAGGUGGAGGUGUCAGGGAUCGUGUAAAUAAAUCGUGGUCGAGGAAAUCCCUGGAACCCUGCCUUGCUCGAUGUUGGACUCGGGGCCCCUGUGAAUCAUUUCUUUUGAGAUGACCCAUGAGUAUUGGGUGACCUUGUUCUAUGAAGGAGAACAACUGUGACAGGAAUACCCUUCGGAUAGUAGGCACAGCAGCAGACCCAGAGCUUAGCUGUGUUCAAAUGUAGUAACAGGCACGAUCAUGCAAAUAACACGUCUUUUAAGUUAAGGUUUCGCUGCUGAAUCUUUGAUUAAAUAUUCAGAGUUAUGGAAACCACUGACUAUGAGUUGGUCUGUGGUAAUGUUUAAUGUGAUUGUAUUGCACUGAAUAAAAUGCAGUUUAUUACAGAAAACUAUAACAAAGAGUGAAGCUGUCUCACAAAAUCCACUCAGGAUUUCUCCACUUUUCUGUCUGAUUACACAGAGUUGUCAUCAUCUCCACAUCUUCCACCAUUCGGAAGGCCAAGCCAGGGUAUGACUUGCACAGUAACGCACAACAGCAUUGCUGGCACACCUCUGCACGUCAGGCAGCCUCUAUGGAGGGGAACAAAUGGUCGAUGUUUCGGGCUGAGACAUAAACAGUGAAUAUUAGGGCAGCGAGGAGUGCAGCAAAAUGAAAAUGAUAUGGGAAUACAAAUCCAUAGUUUCUCGAAAGUGUCAUC